AUGGCAAUGAUUAACAGGGUGGUAACACUGUGUUGCAUCGCAUCCUUUACAUCUGCGGCUUCAUACAGCCAGGUACGGGAUCUGUACAACAGUCUCCUUAUCAACUACACCAGCAAUAUCAGGCCAGUGUUAGAUCAGACCAAAGCUAUCAAUGUUGACAUCGACGUUAUGCUCCACAGCAUUAACUUGUUUGAUGAAGUUUCUGGUAAACUUUCUAUGUCAGGCAUCUUCAGAUUUUCCUGGACGGACGAAUUGCUGCAAUGGAACCCGAUGUCGGCUAACGGUAUAUCCUCUAUGAUGUUUACUACGUCACAGGUAUGGGUACCAAAUGUUUUUAUCGGCAACGGCGUGGAUCAAACAAAUAUCUUCAAACCAAGCGACUCCAUCGAAAUAUCCUACACUCGAGAAGGCAGCGCCUCUUUACGAUUUUUCCAAAUUUUCGAUGUUGUUUGUCAGGCUGGUAUGACGUAUUACCCAAACGACAUUCACACAUGUAAAAUCGAAAUGGCACAAAUGACAAAUCUGGAUCUAGUGAAUCUCACUUCUUCGAAGGGGAUCAUACUGACCGCAUACUAUUCCAACCUCAUUUGGAAUGUCGAGUCCACUACAAUGGAAAAUGUAAUCGUUGGAAGGCAGUCUAAGGCGAUGUUCUAUAUUACAAUAGGUCGGCGACCGACCUUUAUUUUUCUUACUCUUGUAUUACCGAUUAUUGCCUUAAAUUAUGUGAAUCUCCUUGUGUUCUUCAUACCGACCGACUCGGGGGAGAGGAUAUCCUACUCCAUCACAGUACUGCUGACCUUCACUGUUUAUCUGUCAGUGUACUCAGACAAGGUACCACCACUAAGUCUACCAAUAGGUAUCUUCAGCGUGUCCAUGCUCAUCAAGCUGUUCACUAGCUGUCUCAUAUCGCUUUCCUGUAUCGUCAUCUCGAGGAUAAGCUACUAUCAAGAAGAUUAUCCAGUUCCUUCUACAUUGCAGAAACUAACUGCAAGCUUUCGUCGGAACAGAAAGAUACGAAGCUCCCUGAAAACACCAGCACGCCAAAACUCGACUGUUGAUGUUGUGGAAACUAUGUGCAACACUCGUGAGGCUGAAACUCUCUCUCGGGAUGAAAAUCGUUCUCAGCCCUCUACUCCUGUGACGGUAGUCUGGAAGGAAGUUGUUGACUUCUUGGACAAACUGUGUCUUGUGUUAUUCACACUGACGUCUACAGUUGAAACAGUUGUGUGUUUAAUCCUCAUAAUAACUCGUCAUUGA